CCGAGAAAUCAAGGAGCGUAUUCAGUCGCAGUUACUCGCGAUGGUGCAGCUCACGGCAAAUGUUUACGACACGGUGACGCGCGACGAGCUCGGGCGCCGCCACGUCAUCAAGGUCCUCCUGCGCCUUCUGAGCUCCAACGUCAUGGGCAUUUGCGACGUCGCGUGCACGGCAUUGGGCAACUGCGUUGCGCAGAGCACGUCGUCUUCCAACCAAGUCGAGGUGCCAUCGCCGUUUGUGGCCGUAAUUGACCAAUUGCGGGGCGACCGCGCGCUAAAGGAGCUCCUCCUCUCACCACGCGUUGCCGAGUGCGGCCCCGGGCCCACAAAGCAUGCCUCGCGCGCCCUUGUCAACAUGCUCUUCCCCAACGCAAGCAUUGUGUGCCUCGACAUUGACGUCUGGGAAGGCUACAUCGUCGCCAAGCAGGCAAACGAGCGCCUCGACGACACCCUCGCUAUGCCUGUCCAUGAAUCGUGGCGCAUCUCGUACCGCCUCGGCAGUGGGCGACAGUACAUGGAAGGCUCGAUGAAGCUCUCAACGUGCAUGCGGCAUGGCGCCGGCGUGUCGAGCAAAGGCGAGUCCUUCCGGGUCGACGGGGCCCGACACGAGCGCAACGGUGUGCACAAUUGGACCUUUGAGACCUCGUUUGACAACGACGGCCGGCCGUACGGCCCACUCCCGAUUUCGCACAUGGCGUUCUGGUCGUCGCAGCACGCGGAUCUCAUGUGGGGCGUCUGGGAAGUCGGCGCGUCGCACCAGCAGCACAAGCUCGGCACGGGCGGUGUCUUCUUCAUGCACGCCACCCACGCACCCUCGUUCUAUUAGUAUCAAGACAUCAAGGACACGGAA